CUCGUUCUCCUUCCGCUCUCUCUCUUUCUCUCCACCCCUCCAGGCAGGCAGGUUCAGUUGCAAAACAGAGUAGACUCCCUAUUUUCGUAACUCUUCACCUUUUGCACUUGAAAGUUUUCUUGAGAACUGCGUUUUUUUCAAUGCCGGGAACAAUUCAAAUUUCAGUUCUGGAUAUUGUUAAUCUUCCCUCUCCAUCACCUCCCUCUCCCAUGUCCAUCCAAGUAACAAUGGGGAAAAGGGAGUAUCAGAUUGGAGAUGAUGGUGAUUUCUCAAUUCCAUUAACUACCCUCCGUGAGAAUUUGGUUGUGAAACUACUGGACAAGGAUGGGAACGAGGUGUCUCGAACAGGUGUUGAGACCAGAUUGGUUGUUGAGAAAGGCAUUUGGGAUGAUUUCUUCCCUUUUGAAGGCUGCGGGGAAGUGCAUUUGAAGAUCCAGUUCACCCUCAGCGAGGAAGAGCAGAAUCGAAUACGAGUGAUGAGACUAUCUGCCCUAAAGAAGAAGCAUGGUGAACUUCUCAACCCCACUGCUAAAGUUGCUGAGAGUGCUUCAGCUGUUCGGAGAAAAGUUUCCACUGAAGGGAAUGUAGAAACUUCAGUAUCACUUGGACACCCUCAAGUUGGACCCGAGAAGAUCAAAGCAGAAAUGGCACAAGGCGCUUCAGUGUCAGAUUCUUUUGAAGUAGCUGAUGCAAAAUCUGGAAUUCAUAAACUGACUCAGCCUAGUGAGAAGCAAAUAAUCCCAGUUAAGGAUCAUACACAGUAUAGAAGUGAAGAUACUUCACCAAGAAAUCCAUCUCAGAGAAUUGAUUCAAGCCCAACCAGAGUUAGUUCGAAGAAAAUUUUCAAAAAGAUUGAGAACCAGUCGCCAAAUAAUGCUGUUCUUGCAACAGCUUCUAAAGGAGAAGAGGAUUCUUUGUUUCCUCAUGCAACGUCAACCUCCUCCGCUGUGAAAACCUCUUCGGUCUGUCCUGGACUUGGGGAAGGCAUCGCUCACAAUACUGAGGCACAAGAUCCUCUCGAGACUACUCCAAGCAAUGUAAGGAAAUUGAUAAGUGUGUUUGAAAGUAGUCUAGCUCAGGAUAUGCAACCUCGUACAAAAGCACCACCGGCUAAAACAGAACCAAGCAUGUCUGGAACGGAAAAUAUUGAUAAUCAUCAAUUUAAAAGAACUAAGAUAGAGAAUAGUAAAGGAGCUGAGCUGAUUCCACAGAAGGUCCAUAGUCCUUUUCUUAAGGAAGAGUCGCAACAAGCUGCAUCACCAAGUGAAACAGGAAUUGGUCCAACUAGACCACUGCGCGGUACUAAAUCUUCUCAUGACACUGGGCACUCGAAUUUAAAAGCGACGGAGAAUCAACCAGAUAGUUCACAUGAUUGGUCUUCCGAGCAACAUGAUUCUAGUGGCAAUAUGGUUGGAAUGAGUGGAAAAGCAAUAGAUUCUGUAGAUUCACCAAAAAUCAACUUUCGAAGAGCUUCGAAUGAUAAAGUGAAGUCAAUGAGUUGCUGCCAAAGGGAACAUGAUGUAUUUGAGAGGUCAGAUGCGUGGAUAUUUCCCGACGAAUCCAGAAACCUUUGUAUUACUACGGGAGGGAAACUGGCGAUGCAUCUGAUGGGAUGCUGCAGUAUUGAAACGAGUAGAUGGAGGGGGAAGAGUAGGAUUUCAAUCCCCGAAAAUGGUGCAGAGCAUAUGGAGAUGAGAAGAAAUGAAAAUGAGGUGAAGAAAGACCAGAAGAAAUCUUACGGGAAGAUUAGACCAAAAACAGACAGUUCAACUGACGUCGAUCCUUCAGGAGGACCGUUCGGACAGGUGAUGAAAGUUGCAAUUAUGGUAGGAUUUGGGGCUCUUGUUCUGCUCACCAGGCAAAGAAAAGACAGAUAACAUUGCAUCGUGGUGAAGUAGCCAGCGGACGAAAUUUCACAUGAUCGAGCCACAAUAGUGUCUGGUUAAGGAUUCACAUCUGCUUGUUCAUAUUCUUUAGUAUCGGCCAAAGAUAUCAGCACCCUCUUUCUUUUUGCCUGAUUUACACGGGUAAAAGAUCUUUAUGUAAGCCCCGUUGAGCUGUAACUGUACAUUCCUUGAAGCGACUCGAUGAUCUUGAAUGCGGAUCAUCUUCUUCUCGA